AUUACACCUGGAAUGGUCACCCUUUAUGGACGUCGUCUUUCCUUGACCUUGGAGAGCACAUCUGCCAAAGACUAUGCGCAAGUGCUUCAGCACAUGCGCGAGAGUUUUCAGCCAUGAAAACCCCUUAGGUCUCCCUCGCUCCCCUGCACCAGGCAGCAAGGGGCCACCACCGACGAUCCCACGCGCGCAACGCGGCCUCCCUCAGAAGCGCCCGCUCCGCCAUGUCCGACACACGAUCGCCGUUUCCUCUGCCAAGGGCGGCGUCGGCAAGUCCACGCUCGCGGUGAACCUCGCGCUCUCGUUCUCCCGGCACGGCCUGCGGACGGGGAUCCUCGACACGGACAUCUUCGGGCCCUCGGUGCCCACGCUGCUCGGACUAGCCGACGCGGGCGAACCAAGCCUCACGCCGCAGAACAUGCUGGUGCCGCUGACCAGCUACGGGCUCAAGAGCAUGUCCAUGGGCUACCUGCUGCCGAGCGAGUCGGCGCCGGUGGCGUGGCGCGGGCUGAUGGUGAUGAAAGCCCUACAACAGCUGCUGCACGAGGUCGACUGGUCUCCGGGUCUGGACGUGCUCGUCCUCGACCUCCCGCCCGGCACGGGCGACGUGCAGUUGACAAUCGGGCAGCAGGUCACAAUGUCCGGCGCGGUGGUCGUCUCGACCCCGCAGGACAUUGCGCUGAAGGACGCCGUCAAGGGCGUCGAGAUGUUCCGCAAGAUGAACAUCGAGGUGCUGGGCAUGGUCCAGAAUAUGAGCGUCUUCGUGUGCCCGCACUGUCACCAGGAGACCAGGAUCUUCGCCCACGGCGACAGUGGCGGUCGGGACACCCACAACGGCCUGGCCGGGGCGGAAGCCAAGGCGUCGGAGUUGGGCGUGGACUUCCUCGGUGACGUCCCCCUCGAUGCGAGGAUAUGCGCCGAUGCAGACAGGGGCAUGCCCACCGUUGUCGCCGAAGAGGCUAGUGGUGUGAAAGUCAAUUCUGGGUACUACGAGCGCAUCGCUGAGAAGGUUGCCCGGAAGAUUGGGUUGGGCUGGCAAUGAUGACGAGACGAGACGGGUUCUUGUGUGCGGGAUGCACGGUGUUGAUUGGUGGUGAGGAUAGCUGAUGAUUGCAUGGUGGGAAUAUCGACACGCAGAGCCCUCCUGCGUCUUCAUCAGAAAUGCGAUCUCAUUGCGGCAGGCGGCGAAACUAGCACAAGGCAAAUGGUUGCGGUCGUAUAAUAGUUUAAUCAUUUCUGCUGGAGAGCACGAGUUUCUUCCGCUCUCAACAAGCAAUAUAUCCAAGGUAUCUAACUAUGCCGCCAGGAUGGGGUCAUAUAGGUAUUGUACAUCCCUGUAAUUGAUUUACAGUGCAACCUCCACGACCGAGCCAAGCAAAAGACGUGACACUGUACAAUAAGAACAAGCAUA